AUGGCGAAGGACAAGACGGCGGCCCUGGACCGUGCGAAGAAGGCGACGGCGAAGGCAAAGGGCAAGAAGACGAGCCGGGGCGGGUCGUCGUUGAGAUCUGGCCUGCCGCCCGGCUGGAUCCAGGGCGACUGGAUUCGGUCAGUGAUCCAGCAGGAGGACUUGGAGGAUCUGGCGGAGGGGGGAUUGAUUCACCACGGCUCCUGGCAGCUUCCAGAGGAUGAGACUGAGUCGUGGCCGCAAAAGGACAGCACCCGGAUCUAUCCGGAAGAAGUCAAUGAGGAGACGGUGGCGCAGUGGUUGCACGGCAUCACCGACAACAAGGACAGCCCCAGCGGGUCUAGGAGGGUCCCUCCAUUCGACCACGUCAACAAACCAGACAAGAUUUAUACCGAGAUGUAUUCAAUGCCCAACGGGGAGCAGGAGCCAGAGGAAGAGGCGAGCGGGGGUGACAGUGGCGACGAGCAUUCUGAUGGAGGGGAAGACGAUGAGAGUGACGACUCAAGCGGUGGUGAGGAAGUCGACUCCCCUCCUCGUACCGAAAGGCGAUCCAAGCAUACCCAUGACCCAACAAGUAUCCAUGGUAAAGCGACUGCACAGACUGGACAAACUUCAAAGCGCACUCGGACGUCUUCUCUUGUGCCGACUGAGAAGGCUUCGAAGCAGCCCAAAAUCAAGCCGUCAAAACCUCGGAAGGCCUUGCCCAAGAUCAAAGUGGUUGUCCCCAUUGCUUCUGGUGCCGCUACCUCGGGGACUUCUGUUUAUAAAGAUGAUGAUGAGGAGGAGAUGGAAGACGCAGUCACCUCCAACGCGGCUCCGCCCAAUGUUAUUGAACUUCCAGACGACGACGAGGAUGUACCACUGAGGCCCACGGGAAGGAGGAGCAGGACUUUGAGCAGGAAAACAUCAACUAGCAAGACGCCUCAGUCGACGCCAGUGACGGAGCCAGUGGUUCAGCAGUCCCGAGACGCCAACCGGGCUUCUGUUACUUUUCCCGUUCCAUUGUCAAGUGCACAGCCUUCAGCGUCAACUGCACAGGCUCCAGCUGAUCCACCGUCUUCACUUUUCACCACCCAUCAUGUCCCAGAGGACCAAAAGCAGAUCCAGCUCAAUCUUGAUCUGGAGUUGGCCAAGACGAAUCUGCAGAAGGCUAAGGAUGAUGCUGCUGAAACAAUGAGGCAAGCUUUGGAGAAUAAGGACUCUGAUCUUGCGGCUGCACGAAAAACGGCAGAAGACAAAAUGGCACUCGCCGACCAGAAGCUGGCCUCAGUCGGAAAGCUGGAGGAAGAGAACACCAAAUUGAAGGCUGCCCUUGACGAAGCCAACAAAGAGGUGACUCGACUGAAGAAGGACAAGGGCGCCCUGACUGACAAGGUGGAAGACAUCUCUCGCAAGAGAGACGAGCUGGAGAAUUAUCUGGGAGAAGCCACAGAAGAGAAGCUAGCGGCAAUCAAGGUUGCCAACACCAAGAGGCUUGACUUCCAGUCCUUCGUGGAUACUUUCAUUGCUGCUGCAACUCGGAUUGCUGAUGGAAUCGACCUGGACAAGUUCGUCGAGCCUCUACUAGCCCUCCUCCUGCGGAGUGAACAAACUCUUUUAUGA